AUGAUCUGGUCCUCCACAAUGCUCCAGCUCUUGUACUAUAUUGGCGCACUACCCUAUCCAUAUUUUUUGAUUACUGGCGAUAUUUUAGCAUCGUUCCUACCUGACGGACGUAUCAACGAGGAAUGCACAUGCCUGCAUUCUGCCUUCGCGCAUCGAUGCGGUUAUUUGAUGAGAGAAGCCAUCCGGUGUUACAAUUCGUCCACGAUGACACCUCGUGGUGCCGACUGUGAGGAGUACUUCAUACGUCAGGCAAGAUGUGUUAAAAAGUACGGUGGUCCUGAGGACUAA